GGUUCCUAAACGGGGCCGGGCUGAUCAAGUUGUCAUCCUUGCAACGAUACGGAACCCGAUGUUUCCACGCUAUUGCCAUUGCAGGCCGCUGCCAUGAUGAUGAAUCACACCUGGAGAAAGGUGGAAUAGCUCAAUACGUCGGGGAGGGGGAGGAGCCGCCGCCGCGCACGCGGCGCACAUUUUCCACGAUGAAUCGUGCCUUCAACAGGAAAAAAGAGAAAUCAUGGAUGCACAUGCCCGAAGCCCUGGCCAAGCACUACAUCGCCUACAACGUCAAGUUCCUUGGUAACACCGAGGUGGAGGCCCCAAAAGGAACGGAGGUUGUCAAGGAUGCAGUGAGAAAGCUCAAGUUUCAGAGACACAUCAAGAAGUCAGAGGGACAGAAAACACCCAAAGUGGAGCUGCAGAUCUCCAUUUACGGCGUGAAAAUUCUCGAGCCCAAGACAAAAGAGGUGCAGCACAACUGUCAGUUACACAGAAUAUCCUUCUGCGCGGACGACAAAACAGACAAACGGAUAUUUACCUUCAUUUGCAAGGACUCCGAGUGCAACAAGCACCUGUGCUACGUCUUUGACAGCGAAAAGUGUGCGGAAGAGAUCACGCUCACCAUCGGCCAGGCCUUCGACUUGGCCUACAAGAAGUUCUUGGAGUCCGGAGGCAAAGAUGUGGAAACCAGGAAGCAGAUUGGAAGUCUGCAGAAAAGAAUUCAAGAACUGGAAAGUGAAAACUCGGACUUGAAGCAGCAGCUUCAAGAGCUGGAAGAGCAGUUGACGAUCGCACCCGUGCCCCCAUCGCUGUAUGUAAACGAAGCUAACCAAGCGUACGUGCUGCGGCGGCGGCGGCCUUCCUCUCUCUCGUGGUGUCACGACAUCAACUCUUGCCUGGAGAUCUCCUCUGUCACCCUCACGCCUAUGAGCUCGCCAGAGUCCAACCUGUCUGCUGGCCUACUAACGCCCCCACCUGCCGCUGUCCUUCCUCCUAAAGCUCCCGAGGGCUGCGGCGUCCCGCGACCUCGCGCCGGGAGCGUCUCCGUGCAAGCGCAGUCGACAGACAUUUUUGACAUGGUUCCCUUCUCGCCCGGGACGGCGCCGGGACCCACGCGAGCCAGCAACGGCUGCCCGACAGCACCGAGCGCAGCGCCGCCGCCCAACAUAGGGAAAGACCUCUUUGGCGCAGAGCCGUUCGAUCCCUUCACCUGCGGCUCGGCCGACUUCCCUCCGGAUAUUCAGUCCAAGCUGGAUGAAAUGCAGGAGGGGUUCAAAAUGGGACUAACUCUGGAGGGAGCCGUCUUCUCUCUGGACCCGCUUGACGGCCGCUGCUGAAGAUGUCUUUUGUCGUCUCCUUUCAAAUCGUUUGUACGAUUUUUGUACAAGUGCCAAAGUGCGCUCCAACCAGUUGGGAUGUCACCAUUUCUUUUGCUUCGUUUCUACAUGGAUUUGCAUUUAGAUUGUUUUGUUGUGUUCAACCUUUGCAGCUCGGACGCAUAAUCAAAAGAGACAUAUUUUUGUAAAAAGUGGAAGGGAUCGUUUUGACUACAUUUGCUUUGGCUGCAGUAGUCAUUCACGCUGGCUAUGCAAUACGGAUGACAUAUUAACGCGGUACACAUCUUGUUCAAAUGUAGCCCAUCUUGUCUUGUUAUUUUUUUUCCCUCAAUUUCAUUUGCUUUUUAGGUUAUUGCUGUCUAACCUUGUCUUCUUGCACCAUGAGGCAUGCAGGGGGGGGGGGGGCUACUGUAUGAAAUGACAAUAUGCAGUACAUUGUCCAUCAUUUUUACUUGUUAAGUCCCGCCACAUUUACUAAAAAUAAAAUAUGACUAUAAAAAUUCCUCAGUUUGUCAUCUGAAACAACAACAGACGGAGUGAAUGAGUUGCAAUGUUUAUUUCAAAGGAUGAAACUCAAAUGCAUCCAGUGUGGGCAAAAAGAAAAAAGAAAAGAAAAGGGGGUUGUCGUCCUUUCUCCUUCUCUGCCUCAGGCAGUCAAGCCUCAGAAAAGUUGAAAACAAACCAAAAACUAAAAUAAAUAAUAAGUCGGAAUGAGCACCAGAUGAUCACAAGAGAAUGACUGGAAGGCACAUUGAACAGCUCAAGUUACAAAGAAGCUAUCCUGUUGCACUAAAUACAAAUCUUAUCAAUACAGUUUGUCCAUAUGUGUGCAAAAAGACAAAAUGAACAUUCAAGCAACAAAUUCUUAAAUUAACAUGACAAGAGUUUAGGGGAUUAACAAGCAUUUUGUUUAAUUUGUUGCAUAGCAGGAGAUACAAAGCAAAUGGGCACUCAGAGCCACCUUGGUCUAUUCAAAGAAAAAAAAGUUAAAUGAUUUGGAGAUUAUAUAAAAACCCAGCUUACUGAAAAGGGACAACCAACAUGCAUAAAAAAGCAGAAUGAGCUGUUUCAGUAUUAUUACAGUUAGGAGGGUGCGGGUUCGAGUCCACCUCCGGCCCUCCAUGUGUGGAGUUUGCAUCUUCUCCCCGGGCCCGCGUGGCUUUUCUUUUUUUGCCAAGCAAAGAUGGGUAAAGGGGCCGUCUUUUGGAAAAUGGACUUUUCAAUUGCUUUGAUGUUGGGUCGCUGGUGUCCCUGGCCAGCCAGCAAGUGUGAAAUCAAACGAGUGGCUCCAUCUUUUGUGAGGAUCCUUUUUCUGUCUCAUUUGAUGAAGGAACAUUGGAGCUCAUUGGAUGGUCAUCCAUCCCUUCCCAGCUACACCCAUUGGGUGAAGCGCUAUCAUCAAAGUCAAAAGGGAAGCAAAGCUGCAGGGAGUUUGCUUGGACGCACAAUUAGCAUCAGCAUUAGCCUCUGAUGCGUGGUGGAGGUAUGGACACACUUGGGAAUUUACAUUUGGGGGUGGGUGAAUCUGCAGCACCGAAUCGACACGAGCACAAAGUGGUCUCCGUCUUUCUACGGCUGGCUGGUCAUUUAUUUGCCCCCAAACUGUGGGCUGCGUAUCCGUUAGUAGAAGCCGCUUCCCGCGGUCGAGAGCCGCCUCUGGGUAACGAAAGCUUUACUCGGCAUUGCUUUGGCAGCAUGUCACGAGACGGGACCGCCCCCUCGUAACAGGCUAACUUUGUUGGCCCUCGAGACACCGCGAUGAAAUUGCAAAAUGUCCCCCUAAGUUGCUCCACCGCAUGGUAAACAAGGUAAGCAUUUCAAAUUUAUAAAUCUUUAUUUGGACAUUUACGU